CGAGAGAGAGAGGCAGGACCCGCCGCUCCGCACAGACACAACAGACCACUUCCACUCGACCCACGGCCUCGCGACAUGGCUUCAAAGUGCCCCAAGUGCGACAAGACGGUGUAUUUUGCUGAGAAGGUGGCGUCACUGGGGAAGGACUGGCACAAGUUGUGUCUCAAGUGUGACCGCUGCAACAAGCUGCUGACCGCCGGAGGCCACGCUGAGCACGAUGGCCGGCCCUACUGCCACAAACCGUGCUAUGCUGCCCUCUUUGGGCCGAAAGGUGUGAACAUCGGCGGCGCCGGCUCUUACGUCUACGACGCUCCCGCCAACAGCAACCCGUCACACGCCAGCGGGGACUCAGCCCCCAAAGCCGAGGAGAAGCGAGUGUUCGCCCCGAAGCCGGCAUCCAAAGCUGCUGGCAUUACCACCUUCUCCGGAGAGGCCAACUUGUGUCCCCGAUGCAAAAAGAAGGUGUAUUUCGCCGAGAAGGUGACGUCCCUGGGUAAGGACUGGCAUCGACCCUGCCUGCGCUGCGAGAGGUGCAGCAAGACUCUGGCUCCUGGCAGCCACGCGGAGCACGACGGCCAGCCCUACUGCCACAAGCCGUGCUACGCCGUUCUCUUCGGGCCCAAAGGCGUGAACACCGGCGGUGUUGGCAGCUACAUCUAUGAGAAGGAGCCCAGUGCAGUGACCCAGCCUUGAACCCGUUUGUCCCCCUCAGCUUCACCCCCCUCUUCACACCGCUGACCGCCAACCGCAGUAUUAUUAUUAUUCGUCGCCUGUUCUUCUUCCUCCCGCCUCUCGGAUCCUUUUCCCUUCAUGCUGACCCUCGUCCCCCGGCUGAUUUUAUAGAUGUAUCUCCCACAGGUUGCUACAAAUACUCUUUAUCAUUUGUACGAAGGUCUUAUCUUUAAAUGUUGCGGUGGGAUGUCUGUUUAUUUGAGAUGACGUAUGUUUUGGUUUGACGAGAGAUGCGAUUCUCAGGUUUUUGGGGAGGUGCAUUGUGGGUAGAGUUGACAACCAGAGCUUACUUUUUUUUUUUUUUAUCUUGGAGGCCGCUGCUGCUGCAUGUGGUGCUCAGGUAGCACGGUGCCAAUAAAUCUGUAUUUAAUAAACUAAUAAAAUGCCAUAUUUUGCAUUCUGCCCGGACAACAUUCCUGAUGUAUAACAUUAUAUUUUAAAGCCCCAACAUAUUGUAGAAAAAGGUGGGAGGGUUGAUCUCUUAGGGGACUGUUACAGGCUUUUCAAACUGUUUAAUGUCAAAAUCUGGAUAAUGCGCUAAAUAACUUAAUAAAUGACAUGUUUAUUGUAUUAAUGAGGCAGAAUGUGGGCGACGGGAGGAACAGCAACGUGUAUUUAUAGCUUCAUAUGGAGUCCUCGAGUGAAUUAAGGUUAAAGGUCAAACGAGGCGACGUAAGCUGUAUAAAUCUCUACCAUCGAGAUCUCUGCUGUUACUUUUUUCCGAGAGAUGACGCACUAUUUAAAGUCUUGUUGUUAUUGACAGCAGCUUAGCGAGUAGAAACACUGCAGACAAGUCAUCUGAGAGGAUGUGCAUCGAGUAUUAUUGUUUGUCUCCUACCUGUUGUCCAUCCAAUAAACAGAAACUCUUCAUCUGA